AUGACUUUUCAGAUUAAAAGUUACCAACCACAGCACACUUGUGUGAUGGUUAAAAACUGUGCUAAAGCCACAUCUGACUGGAUGGUCAAAAAGCUGGUUGGUGUCAUGAGAGAUCAUCCUAAUAUGACCAGCAAAGGUGUAGAGGCAGAGUUGAGGAAGUAUGGUGUGAAGCCAACUAAAAUACAGAUUUUCAGAGCUAAGAACAAAGCACUUGUUGAAAUAGAAGGCACACAUGCUGAAUCUUAUUCUAAACUUCCAAAAUAUGCUGAACUCUUUAGAGCUCAAAAGCUGGGAUUCCUAGAAGAUUGUAGGCCUUUUGUGGGAUUUGAUGGAUGUUUCUUGAAGGGGCCAUUUGGAGGUGUGCUUAUGACAGCAGUUGCUUUGGAUGCAAACAAUAGUGUAUUUCUAAUAGUAUUUGCUGGAUUGAAUCUUGCUUAUGAGGAGAUAUUUCCUGAUGCAAUUGGACGGCAUUGUUAUGGGCAUAUAUACAGCAAUUUCAAGUCUCAAUUUCCAAGUAUAUUACAUAGAAGUUUCUUUUGGAAGGUAGCAAAAAGUUAUGAUGUUGUUGGCUAUAAUGAACCAAUGGCAAGUAUUAAAGAUAUUAACAGAGAGGCUUGGAAAUAUCUGGAUAAAAUUCCAAAAAGUUUCUGGUGUAGGCAUGUUUUCUCACCUCAAUUUAAGUGUGAUCAUGUCACAAAUAAUAUCAUUGAAUCCUUUAAUAAUUGGGUUAGUGAUCUUAGAGGAAAGCUUAUACUGACAUUAGUGGAUGGUUUGAGGAGAAAGUUCAUGAAAAACCUGCACAAGAGAUACCAGAAAGGUUGCACCUUGACUGCUAAUAUCACUCCUAGAAUUGCUGAGAAACUCACAGAAAUUAGCCAAGCAUCAAGAAAAUGUGAGAUGUAUAUGGCUAGUGAAGACACAUUCGAGAUUGGUGAUCUGGAUAGAAGCUACAUAGUUGUUCUGAGCAAGAAGUUUUGUGAUUGUGGUGUUUUUCAGAUAUCUAGAAUUCCAUGUAAACAUGCAGCACUAGGAAUUAUGUACAGGAGAGAAAAAUUGGAACAUUACUAUGAAGCUUGGUUCACAAAAGACAUGUAUUUGAAGGCAUACUCUGCAAUGAUUCAUCCUAUUCCUGAUGUGAAGAGAUGGCUAGCUAUGCCUGAUUUGCUCCCAAAAACUGUGUUGCCACCUCCUUUGCGAAGAGCUCCUGGUAGACCAAGAGUAAAUCAAAGAAGGGAAGCUGAUAAGGGAGCUUCUUCUUCACAACCAAAAAGGUCAAGUACUCUCAAGUGUAGAAAUUGUGGAGCUGCAGGUCAUAAUAAGAGGGCCUACAAAGGACCACCUGUUCAAAAAAGGACUGCAAACAGAACCCCUACUGAACUGAUGACAAAUAGAAGAGACAGACCAGGCAGAGGAAUGGCCAGCACAAGCUUAUUAGGAGCUGUUCUUCGGAAUUAUGUAUGCAGAGGUUUCCAGAGCCUUACAAAUACUCUCAUUUUACGGGAUCAUGCAGAAGGAAAUGUACCUAUAGUUCAUUCCAAUCAAGGGAGCAAUCCUAGUCCUACUGAUCAUAAUGGAGGUGUUAACGUGUAG